CGUGCAGGACGUCGAACAGUUUAAUUGAAAACAAUAAUAUAUUAUUAUGUUAUCGAGAGUUCUGUGUUUGUUAAUAGUGGUAUAUUAUGCUAAAGUGGACUCAGCGAAUAUUCUAGCCCUGUACCCGGUGCCGUCAAUAAGUCAUCAAGUGGUGUUCCGAAGAGUCACCUUAGAAUUAGUGAGGCAAGGUCACAAUGUCACCGUCGUAACACCGGACCCUGCGUUUCCAAAUAAAAAUGGUCCGGACAACUUAAAUGAAAUAGAUCUGCACGAUAUAUCGUACGCUACUAUACGUCGAGAAAUGGAAACUAUAGACAAGAAGGAUCUGAACAAAAUCGUAUCUGACCCCAAGUUUUUUUCUCGUUUCACUCAACGAGUGUUUGAGACUCAGAUGCAACUAAAGGAAGUCCAAGAUGUUAUACGAGAUAAUAACACUAAAUAUGAUUUAAUUUUAAUGGAGGAAAUUAUGCGACCGUACCUUGCUGUAUCGUAUUUUAUAAAAGCUCCAGUUAUCCUCUUCAGUUCAUUCGGUGGUAUGUCUGCAACGUUUGAAGCUUUUGGAAUGCAGACUCAUCCUGUUUUGUAUCCAAUUCAGUUCGACUUGAGAGUAUACAAUUUGUCUCUGUUGGAAAAAAUAGAAAAGUAUCGCAAUUAUUACAACAUGCUGUAUCAACAAUCGAUAAUAUUGAAGGAAGAGCACCAGUUACUGCAAAAAUUCUUUGGUCCAGAUAUUCCCGAGAUUAGUGAGUUGUAUAAAAACGUGCAUAUGCUAUUUCUUAAUAAUCACCCAGUUUGGGUAGAUAAUCAACCUGUUCCACCAAAUGUCAUUUAUUUAGGAGGACUGCAUCAGUUGCCCAGCAAAGAAUUACCUCAGGACCUUAAGACAUACCUCGACUCAUCCAAACAUGGUGUUAUCUAUGUUAGUUUUGGAACAAAUGCAUUGUCAAAUAUGCUUGAAUCAAACAAGAUACAAAUGAUAGCAAAAGUUUUGGGACAGUUGCCUUACGAUGUUUUGUGGAAGUGGGACCAAGAUACACUUCCUGGCCAAACGAAGAACAUAAGGUUGUCAAAAUGGUUGCCACAAGCUGAUCUCUUAAAACAUCCAAAAAUCAAACUGUUCAUAACUCAAGCUGGUCUUCAGUCAACUGAUGAAGCGAUAACCGCAGGAGUGCCGCUACUUGCUUUCCCGGUACUCGGUGACCAGUGGUACAAUGCGGAGAAAUACGAGCGACAUGGAAUUGGAAAGAAGUACUUGUUUGAGGAAAUUAAUGAGGAGAUUGUAAAUAAUGCAGUCGAAGAGAUAAUAGAAAACAAAAGGUACCGGGAAAACAUUCUAAGACUCCAGAAGAUAAUGAAUGACCAACCUUUAAAGCCUCUGGAACGAGCUAUAUUCUGGAUAGAUCAUAUUAUUCGAAACAAAGGUGGCAAACAUUUAAUUCCAGCUGCAGCGAACAAAACAUGGGCGCAGUAUUAUGAAUUUGAUCUCGUUUUACUACUUUUGUUAACCGUCUCCGUAUCUUUAGCUUCGUCAAGUUAUCUUCUAUACGCUUUGUACAAAAAUAUAACUAAACAUUUUAGAGCUAGUCGAAAACUUAAACGAACAUAACUAAUUGAUAAUUAGUGUA